AACAUAAAAAGAAAAGGAAAAAAAAAACUAAACAAGUGCAGUGGCCUAGACCUCCACACGACGGUGGCCGCUACAAGGCUCCUCUCUCUUUCGACGGGGAACAACAUCUCUGCAUACCUAGUUUUCGGACAAAGCAGAUUCACACUCUCAACCAUUCAUUACCCACAUGGAUCCUGCUGCUGCUGCUGAAGAAUUACCUCCAUAUAUUCAUAUAACUCAGAAUGAUUUUUUUACGCGAAGGCAUAAGAAACAGAAGGAGGAGGAUAUUGCUAUAUGUGAAUGCAGGUAUAACUCUGAUGACCCCGAUAGUGCGUGUGGGGAUAGGUGCCUGAAUGUGUUAACCAGCUCUGAAUGCACCCCUGGUUAUUGCCCUUGUGGUAUCUUUUGCAAAAAUCAGAAAUUUCAGAAGUGUGAAUAUGCUAAAACAAAGUUGUUCAAAACUGAAGGCCGGGGGUGGGGUCUUUUGGCUGAUGAGGACAUUAAGGAAGGACAAUUUGUCAUUGAAUACUGUGGAGAAGUAAUAUCGUGGAAAGAAGCCAAGCGUAGAUCGCAUGCUUAUGAAGUUCAAGGUCUUAAGGAUGCAUUUAUUAUUUGCCUAAAUGCAUCUGAAUCUAUUGAUGCAACACGGAAAGGAAGCCUUGCGAGAUUUAUUAAUCAUUCCUGUCAACCAAACUGUGAGACAAGAAAAUGGAAUGUCUUGGGUGAAACAAGAGUUGGCAUAUUUGCAAAGCAUGAUAUUUCAAUUGGAACUGAAUUGGCAUAUGACUAUAAUUUUGAAUGGUUUGGAGGUGCAAAGGUUCGCUGCCUCUGUGGUGCAGUCAAAUGUUCUGGAUUCCUUGGAGCAAAAUCUCGCGGUUUUCAGGAGGAUACUUAUCUAUGGGAAGAUGAUGAUGACAGGUACUCUGUUGAGAAAAUUCCUGUAUAUGACUCUGCAGAGGAUGAAGUGAUGUCGGAUGUUAAUGGACAAACUGCACAUUCCAUGGAUGUUAUGCCUAAAGCUGAGCAGUUAUCGGAGUCCUCGGAUGUUCAGCUGAUUGAUUCAGUUCAGAUGAACGGUUUAGAUGUCAAGAAGAUUAAAACUGAUGUAGCAGGUGAAGAUAUGAAGUUGUACUCCAUAGAUACCGAGCCGGCCCUUGAGCAAAAAAAUGCGAUGAUAUCACGUAUCCGAAGUAAUGCUGCAGGCAGAAACUAUUCCAUUGGACCUAGGUCCAUGUCUACCAAAAGAUCGAAGGCAUAUAAUGGGGGAAAGUUUAAAAACAUCAUUAAGAAGAAAGUUGAUGUAAAGUUUGCAGUUGGCCUCUUAACAUCAAAGGAAGCACAAGAGGAGAUUUUAGAUUCUGAGAGAAGAAAAACCGAUGCUACAUCUGGUCUUGAUUCCUUAUACAACGAAAUACGGCCCGCCAUCGAAGAACAUGAGAGGGAUAGCCAAGACAGUGUAUCUACGACAGUUGCAGAGAAGUGGAUACAGGCUUGCUGCCUAAAAUUGAAGGCGGAGUUUGACCUUUACUCGGCAAUCGUCAAAAAUGUUGCUUGCACUGCUCAAGGGGUACCUGGCCAAGCAAAACCUACUGAAGUAGAUAAUGAAAACGAAAUCAAGCUUUUGACAGAUUGAAAUCUGAUCACAUGUUUUCCCCCCUCGUGUAACUCAUGAUUCACAAAAUACAUGGAAGCUUUAGAAAUUUCCUUCGGAAAAUUCAUAGCAGAGAGAUUCUAAAACUUGGUGAAAAAGAAAAAUUCAUUUAUUAUUUGUAACCCCAUGUUCGUCUUGGUUUAAACCAAAAAGCAAACACACAAACAGACAAAAUCCCGAUUGUGAUAAUCAAGAGCGAGCCAAGUCCCAGUCCCACAUUGAUAGAUUAAAGAUUUGUUGAGCAAUUUAUAUAUGGAGAAUUAGGAAGAACUUUCGCCGGGCAUGGUAGCACAUGCCUGUGACCCAAGUGGGGGCAAUAAAGUGCUUGUAGAAUGUGUGGGCAGUUCCUCUCUGCUGGUUCACCGAUGAAAGGGUAGCGCCCUGAGUGUUGGGCGUUUGGGCGCCUGAGUGUCAGUGCGUUUGUCGCCCAAGAACACUCGGUGGAGUGUGCGUUGGCUUAUCAGAGCAACAGCUCUUUGUGACUGGGAUGUGCAUUCCAUUCCAGUGCCGGAUGUACGGGACCCUCUAGAAGAGAACACCCACGUUAAGCAUUCAACUUUCACUUUUUAUUUUUGCUUUGAAAUUUCGUGAGAAUGAAUAGAGACAGAAAGUGAUUCCAGUGU